AUCAUUUUUAAAAUAUUCGAAGACGUUACGUUUCCGCUUUAUCUUAUGCGAUAGACGUUUAAUGUUUCCAUUACGAAAGAAAUGGACGAGAAAAAUGAGAGUCGAAUCUUACGUCGAUAUUCGUUUGUUGCUAUGGCCUCAGCUGUAUCAGCUGUCAGAUAGAAACGCGUGCGCAAAUAAGCUUUUCUUUAUUUUUCUGAUUUAAUAUUCCUUCUUAUAAAACAUCAAAAUAAACUCGAAGCAAUUAGAAGAUAAUUGGCAGUUUAUAUAAGUAAAAUCCCAACCAUUUUGUUAAUUGGAAUAUUAAUCCGUCGAAUAAGAUAACCGAUUUUAAAAAUUUCUCUUCAACUAUUUUGAUUAUUUCAUUUAAAUUCUAUUGAAGAAUUUAAUAGUACGUCUCGCACAUUGAAUGUGUUUUUCUUGAUAAACGACCAUGCAUUUGAGAAAUUUUGUUUAUUGUAAUUAAAUUGUCUAUUUCAUACUGGGUAAAUAUAAGGAAUUCAUAUAUAUAUUGAAUCUGCUAUUUUAUUUAAUUUAAAUAAAAUGCAUUACAUCAUGAUCUUAAUCCAGAAUAAAUUAUAUUCCAUCUAUCGUACCAAUGGAUGUUACCCUUACCUACCAGAAUUAGACUACCAAGAUGUGGUCACAAUGAGUGAGGAUAUUACACCACCUUCCACAAUAACUGCUGUGCCAGUAGAGUCUAUGCUUUAUUAUUAUGGAAACAUUUCCCGUGAGACUGCUGAAUGGAUUUUGUGGGACAGAGGAUGCCAAGAUGGAAUGUAUCUUAUACGGGAAAGUAAUACUGAUUAUGUUUUAUCCUUGUGCUAUCAAAAAAGUGUUCUUCAUUAUCGCAUAAAAAAACUCUCAACUGGAGAAGUUGGUUUAUGUGGAGUACCACGACAAAGAUUUCCAGGUCCUGUUGAAUUAGUUGAAGGAGUUGAAGGUUUAGCAUGUAAGCCAGUAAUUCCAUGCAACAAAUCCCUCGAUUCUGUUUUACCUCUCACUCAUUGGGGUGUUACAGAAGAAGAAAUUAGAAAAGCUAUGCUACAGAAAGCCCGAGAAUGGGGAAUUGAUGAGGACAAAUUGGACUCUAGUUUGACUGAAAACUAUAGUGAUAUAAAAUUAUUAAUUACCAAAACAUUACAUGAAAUACAGCCUUGGUUCCAUGGCCGUCUGUCACGACUGGCUGCAGAACAGCAUAUAGAAGAAAGUGGACAUAAAGAUGGAAAAUUUCUUGUCAGAGAAAGGAAUGAUAGUAGUUAUGCCUUGUGCCUAAGUCAUUCAGGACGUAUUAAACAUUAUAAAAUUGAUGUUUUGCCAUCUGGUGAAUUUGCAAUUCAAGAUGGACAGAGGUUUCCUAGCAUUAUGGCUUUGGUGAGCCAUUAUACACUGUUUAGUGAUGGAUUAUGGUGUGCCCUUAAUGGUCCAUGCCUUAUCAAUCGUACAUCAGAAAAUUCUUCCCAAAAUAGGAAUUCACGAAAUCAGCGUGAUAGUCCUUCAAUGACUGAAAACAGAAGUGUAAAAGUGUCAAACAAUCAAGGACCAGUUUCCUUAGAAAAAUCAAAGAGUAGUAGUGGUUGUCAAAGUCCAGCAAUAGUCAGUGGAGAAAAAAAUUCUUCAGCAUUUAAAUCAAGCAAAUUAUUAAGUGGUUUAAAUCAACGUGGUGGUUUAUUUACAAAAUUAGUAGCAAGUGUUGCACCUCAAAUGGUGUCGCAAAAUAGUCAGUCAUCUUCCGUAACUUCCUCGAUUAGUAAUGAAAGUUUAGAAGGUAAUAAUGAACAAACAGUCAGUGUUGUAGGUAGUCCUCCCACUUCUUCCUAUGCUUUAUAUCCUACACCACCAAAUACCAGAAAAAGUUCAGUAUCUUCUGUAACCAAAGAUGAUGCAGCAUCUCAAGACAUGAAAAAAGGACGAAUACAAAAAGCAUCUAGUUUUGACCUUCUUCCUGCAUUUUUCUCGCUGUUUCUUUAUGGUGAUUCAAAUUCUGAAGGAGAUAAAAAAAAUAAAAGGAAAAGUUUAGAUAAUUCAGCAAAGCGAAUAUUAAAUGAUGGUGAAAUAAACAAAUCAGUUCAUAAUGAAUGCAAUGGUAUUCCCCAAGAACACAAUAUCAGAUCUGGAGGUGAUGAAGUAAACAAAGUGUCAAGGUCUGUUCCAAUUCCUGCACCUAGGUUAUCACUUACUAGAAAAUUGAGUCAUGAUCAUGGACCCGUCUAUGCAAAUCGUGAUGUUUUGACUACAACUGGACGUUCUGUUAGCCUUGGUGAUUCUUCGACAACAGGAUCAAUUCCUGAAGAAGAUGAGGGCUGUAGAAGCAAACUACAAAAAUGUGAUCAUCAUAUGUCACCUCCAUUUAUCAGAAGUGCCUCCUCCCCAUCUGUUGUUUCCCAUCUGAUCAAACCUAAACCACAACCAUGUCCAAGGCAAUCCCAAUUAUCAUCUUCACCUGAUUGUAACAGCAUUAAUACAGAUUCACUGCCUACUUCACCACUUACUAUUGACAGUACCGUUUUAACGCAGAAUGGUAGUGUAUCGCCUAUUAGCAAUGUUAAACCUGUGCCAAGACCAAGAAAGAAAUUUCAUAAUCAAGAAGGAAAUGAUAGUGAUGCUAUGAAUUCUUGUGCCUCAUCAAAUAAUACCAGUUCUCCAAUAUUUACAGAAUUAUCUGAGCAAGGGCAAGAAUUAUCUCCAGAUGAACCACUAUAUGCAGAAAUUGAUCCCAGUCUCGUGCUUCCUGAUAGUUACAUAAUGGAAGAUUCCGAAUGCAUCACAGCCACUGAUGGCACGGGUCUUCCAUUAGAUAAUACUACCUCAUUGGCAUUUCGGUCACCUUCUCUUAGUCCAAGAACAUCAUCGCCAUUCAUUCCGAUAGCAACGUUAGAAUCGCUCUCUCAGAGAGAUACAUUAAUAUCACCCACAGAAUCUAAUUCUCCAUCUUAUAAAGAUGAUGAUGAAAUUCAAAAAGAACUCCAAGAUAAAAAUGUUGAUAAUCCAGUUUAUGACACACUUAGUGUUGGAACAGAUGUUAUCGACACUUUCGGUGGUAAUGAAGAAUUAACUUCUCCAUUGCAGUCUUCCAAUACCUCUACUACAGCAUCAUCUCAUUCUAACGAAAUAUUUAAUAGAGUUUCUGUAAGGAGGACUCUUUCAAGAGAAGAAUCUGAAUUGGCUUAUCACACCUUAAGACGCUAUAGAAGAGGUCCAAUUAAUUUAGACCCCAAAUCAAUUAUUUUAAAAGAAAAAAUAGGAUCUGGUAAUUUUGGUGAAGUGCUUCGAGGCGUAUUUGCUACAGGUCCAAUGGAAGUACAAUUUGCCCUCAAAAUGUUAAAAAAUAAUUCUGUGCCUAAUCAAAAGACAGAGAUAUUGAAGGAAGCUCAGAUGAUGGCAGCUCUUGAUCAUCCUCAUAUUGUUAGACUCAUUGGUGUUUGUGAAGGAGAAUCAUUCAUGUUAGUUAUGGAAUUAGCACCUCUUGGUCCUUUGAAUAAAUAUCUUAGAUGUCACAGAGAUAUGUCUGUACAAGAUAUUUUAUAUUUGAUGAUGCAAGUAUCAAUGGCUAUGGAAUAUUUGGAAAAUAAACAAUUUGUACAUAGAGAUUUAGCUGCUCGUAAUGUGCUCCUUGUUAAUGAAAGUUUUGCUAAAAUUAGUGAUUUUGGUAUGUCUAGAGCAUUGGGACUGGGGAAGGAAUAUUAUCGGGCUGAAGUUGCUGGAAAAUGGCCAUUAAAAUGGUAUGCUCCAGAAUGUAUUUACUACUUUAAAUUCAGUACAAAGUCAGAUGUUUGGAGUUAUGGAGUUUCCUUAUGGGAAGCAUUAUCUUAUGGAGAGAAACCAUAUCAGGUAAUAGAAUUACAAAAUUUUUAAAAUG